CUGGGCAGUCCUUCAGCGGUGUUGUCGCCGCCUCGCUGGGCUGUGAUGUUGUACAACCCGCCUGUGCAGCCGCUCAUACUGCGACUCACGGGCGCUUGGCUGCUGCUGUGAAGUUGACACGGCUUUAAUUCACAAUAAGAUGCGGCUGCCAUGGAGGCCCCUCACACUGAGCCCAGCACCUGGGAGCAGGGCAUCCUCAGUCCCUGCAGGUAUGUUGAACUUUGUCCCCGCCAGCAGCAGCAUCGACGCCCAGUCCCUGGAGCGGCUGCGAGGCUUUGUGGCCCGUGCCAGGCGGCUCUUUGUCAUCAGUGGUGCGGGUCUGUCCACAGAGUCAGGCAUCCCUGACUACCGCUCAGAGGGCGUUGGACUGUAUGCCCGCACUGACAGACGCCCCAUGCAGCAUGCAGAAUUCAUCCGCAGUGCCAGAGCUCGUCAGCGCUACUGGGCCAGGAACUUUGUGGGGUGGCCACAGUUCUCCUCCCAUGAGCCAAACUCGGCACACAUGGCCCUGCAGCAGUGGGAGGAGAGGGGCAAGGUGCACUGGCUGGUCACUCAGAAUGUGGAUGCACUUCAUUCAAAGGCGGGGCAAAAAAAGCUGACUGAACUCCAUGGCUGUGCACACAGGGUGAAAUGUCUCGGCUGUGAUGCCAUCUCGCCAAGGGAGGAGCUGCAGAGGAGAUUUGUGGCACUGAACCCCGACUGGGAAGCUCAGGCAGGUGCCGUGGCCCCUGACGGUGACGUCUUCCUUGAGGAAGAGCAGGUCCUCCAUUUCAGAGUUCCCUCCUGUAGUAACUGUGGGGGGAUACUGAAGCCUGAAGUUACAUUUUUUGGAGAUACUGUGAGCAAACCGGUGGUGCAGUUUGUGCAUGACAGACUGGCAGAGUCAGACGCGGUGCUCGUCACUGGAUCCUCAUUGCAGGUAUAUUCAGGAUACAGGUUCUUACUGGCAGCAAGUGAUAGGAAAAUCCCAAUUGCCAUCUUGAACAUUGGGCCCACGAGGGCAGACCACCUCGCAGAGCUGAAAGUGAGUGCCCGAUGUGGGCAAACGCUAUCGGUGAUUCAGCCUCUCUGACCGUCAUGGAGUUUGGACGUUUGAUAUCUGCAGCAGUUCACUUGAUCAACAGGCCACCAAAACUACCUCAGAUUGGACCUGGUAACAGUAUCAUCAACCUCAGGAUGACUGUCAGUCCUUCAGUGUUUUGCUGUGUAACCUGAAGGAGCAGCACUGGGGGUUAAGCCUAUAGGGACCUGGUCUUCACUGUUUAUGUGCACCAGAGUCCACAUGGAGUUCCCUUUUUUCUCUCUUGAAAAAGACACACUUGUUUCUUUUGAUGUGAAAACAGGCAUGUCUACAUUCAUGGAAUGACUCCUGAACAGUUACCAGUAGCUCUGCUCACUUCUCACCUGACCAUGUCUCAAUGUGUUUGAGAUCUAAAAUCGCUCGGCGAUUGCCUUUUAAACUUUGUAGCCAGAAAACUAGGAGGUGAUUACAUAAAAUCACACAUUUCAAGAGCAGGGCAUCCCCAAAAUAUUUUUUUCGUGCUUUAUUCCCCUUGAAGACACUUAAUUGUAGAAUUGUAGUUGUCAGACGGUAAUCCAUGUCAGUAGAAGUUCAUUUUCAAGCCCAAAACACUGCAUAACAUGACUGAAAAAGGAUGGUAGUAAUUUUAGAAAAAAUAACAACCUGAUUUGGAAAUAAUUCAGAUUCAAAGAGUUGAUACAAAAUCUGGUCUCUGGAGGAUUGCAGAAGUUGUGAGCUCCGAAUUUCCUGCAUGGUUCAUUUAUUGUAAUAAUUCAUGGAGUAAAGGUUAAGAUGGAUGGUGAGAUUGAUAGGUAUUUAUUUCUAACACUAACAUAGUUAAUGGUGCUGACUUUUCAUUUUCAUAAGCUUUACAAGUUACCAUAACUUUAGUUGGCUUGCUUCACUUACCCAGCUCUCCCUCUGUAUGAUGAUGACUGUACUUUACAUGAGAUGCUGAUUUAGUUUGUUUAAAUCACUUUAAACCUGAAUCUCUUCAUUAUUUAUUUACAAUUUUGCAACAGCAGUAAAUUGUAAGUCAAAGAAUCUUUCCAACAUUUUAAAGGAAUUUCAAAUUUGCAAAAAACUUACAUAAUGCAGAAUGACAAUGGCAAUUUUCACCCAUUAUUGCUUUUUUUCUCCUAAAAUUGGCCCAUGAUACACCUCUGAAGUAUGUCUACCCUUGUCUGCUUACAUACAGAUACAUAUGCAUGUACACACGUUUAUACACAACCACUUUUAUCAUGAACCUUUGGUCUGCAUACUGUUAAUCAAAACAACUCAGUCUACCUCAGACAAAAUGGGUACUUCAAAUGAAACAAUAGUUUUAUGUUCAUGAAAUAAUCAGCCUAAUUGAUUGUUUGGUGUUUGCACUUUUAAUGAUUUAUCGUUUAUUUAUUCAGACUGUAUUCUAAUUUUGAAAGCAGUUGUUUUCCGUUAAAUCAAAUCUAUGACCCGAGGGGAUCCAGCUAAGAAAUUUUCAUUUUAGUAUCUGUGGUGUCAUGUAGAAUUCCUUUACUUGAUUUGCCAUUUCUACAAAUCCCUCUACUUUUACUGAUUAAUAAAAGUGCAUCAAUUGUUUCUGGGGAGAGCUGCCACAUAAAUGAUGAUUUUCUGUUGCAGUUACCACUCUACAAGCUGAAAGGACUGGGAUUGGUUGUUUCCCUGUUACAUUGUUCCAAGCAAACUCAUAAAUAUGGAAACAUCUCAUCAUUUUUAAGAUAGCUACUAGUUGGCCUAGCGUGUUAUCUGUUGGCAUUCGGCUGAGGGAUCGAGUUCAUCACUGUUUCUACCAUAUCAUGUAGGUUGGAACAACACUUGACUUGGCCUGUUUUGUGCCUGUGCUCACAGCAAACCUCUGUUAACCAUGACAGAUUUGAAUACUGUAGUUUCUGAAUAAACAAAUUUCAACAA